AUGGCUGCAAUCUCCAAAGAAGUGUCAAAUUAUAUAAAAAUAGCAGUAUUAGUUCUCAGAAUAUCUCCAAAAGCAGUUCGUUUAAAAUUUGACAUUGAAUUCCAUCCUAAAAGUUUGCGAAACACACUAGAUAAGAAUUUUGCUAAAUUACAAGAAUUGUACCACAAGAAAAGAAUAUUAAGCAAAGAGCAAUGGAAUUUGUUGUUUCCUACAAAGACAAAGGGUGCAAUUUCGUCUCAAAGUUUUGACAUUACCUUGAUGAUGCUACUGAUAAGAAACUUAACAGAAAUAACUAUAAGCAGCAUACUUCCACUGCCGUCUCAAGUAGGUCUAAGUGAUGAUUUAGCAAGGAUCCAUUUCUAUAGAAAUAAAAUUGCUCAUGUUGAAGAUGCGACGAUAAGUGAUACAGAUUUCACAAAAUAUUGGGAUGAAAUUACACAGGCUAUCAUUCGACUGGGAGGGGCAGUGUUAAGAGAAAUGUGUUUAGAUCUACAGAAACAAGAAUUCAACGUGGAUGAAAGCGAGGACCAUCUUAGACAGUUACAAGUAGAAUUUAGAUUGGCAGCAGUAGAAAACAAAGUUAUGGAAUUAACAGAUAAAAUGAGUAACCUUGAAGAGGAACAGGAAGACCCUAUUCCAAAGAACAUAAGAGUUAUAAUCAACAAGCAGAUAGAAGGAUGGAAAAGAAAAGAUAACGUUUUCUUCAUCAAAACAAAAAGAAGCGAAUAUGCGUUACAACGUGUGGUUGAAAACAGUUGUGUUGUUUUAACAGGGGGACCUGGGGUUGGGAAAACAGUUAUCGCCCGACAUAUAGCUUUGGUGCUCGAGGGAAUGGGCUAUAGAAUAAUCCCAGUAUCGAAACCGAAAGACAUAAGGAAAUUUUAUCAACAGGGGAAAAAGUCAAUUUUCAUAGUAGAUGAUAUGUGUGGAAAGUACACUGCUAACCAACGGGAGAUGGAGAACUGGCAACAAUUUUCAAUGGUGAUUAAGACAAUUCUAGAUGACGAAUCUUGUAAAAUUCUUCUUUCGUGUAGGUUGCAAAUCUAUUUAGAUGAAAGAUUUAAACUUCUGUCUCCUUUUCUUAACUGUGAAUGCAAUUUGAUGGCAAAGCGAUUACGAACAAAAGAAAUAAAGCAAAUGAUAGAACGAUACAAUAUAAGUACAAAGGUAUUAAGCAUGGAAUUACGGAAAUUUGAAUGCUUUCCUUUGUUAUGUGCAUUGCAUCAUGAAAAUGAAAGAGAGGAUACUAUGGAUUUUUUCAAAAACCCAUUUGAAAUCUAUAGAACGGAAUUAGAUAAUUUAGAUUUACUUAGUUUGAUAGUAAAUGCAAGCUUUGUGGGCUCGCCUUAUGUGUUCUCUUCAAUAACAGAAUAG